ACUUUAGUUUCAGAAACUUCAUAGGGGAACAGAUGAGGUAAAAUCACCAUGAAGGCGCUAAUUAUUUUCUUAAGUGACACAAGGUUGAUGGGUAGAAAUCGAGUAAAAAGAGUAAAAUGACGUGAUGUUACACUCUUGUACGGUAGGUGGCGGUAUGGCAGUUGUUUGCAAUCCAGAAGUGAGGAGAAAGAAGAAGAAGAAGAAGAAGGAGGCAAAGGAUCUGUUAGCAUGAAGAUGUUCGUCUGCGCAAAUAAACUGUCUAGGCUGGUUUUUAACGGUGUCACUGUGAAACAGUGUAAUGUAAUAACUGUCUAAAACCUCCUUUUCGCAACAAGGGAAGAUUUAGCCUCAUUCGCUUUGUGACCGAGGGAGUUUGUUGGAUCUACAUCGCUGUGAUAUUGAUGUGACCAAGCUAGCCCCUCUAGCUAGCCUUCCUGCAUUGUUAGAAGAUCUUCAGUGCCUGGGAGCUGGACCCCCGUGUCCUCCUCCAACCACAACCAUGCCGCUCGGCUUGAAACCCUGCUGCGCCGUGUGCAAGACGAAUUCGUCGUCCAUGUGGAAGAAGGGCAACCAAGGGGAGAUCCUGUGCAACAACUGCACAGGAAAGAGCAGCAGCGGCGGGCCAGCAGGACCCUCCAUGUCCUCCAACAUACAGCAGAAUAAUGGCGGUGGGAAGCAGUCCAAGCAGGAGAUCCACAGGAGAUCAGCGCGGUUGAGAAGCACCAAGUACAAGGCCCCUGCGUCUGAGAAGAAAGUGUCGACAAAAGGAAAAGGAAGAAGGCACAUAUUCAAGCUCAAGAAUCCAAUCAAAGCACCAGAAUCUGUAGCUACAAUCAUCACGUCAGAAUCUGUGUUUUACAAGGGUGUAUACUACCAGAUAGGAGACGUGAUCAAGGUAACAGAUGAGGAAGAUGGAAAAACGUACUAUGCUCAGAUCCGAGGCUUCAUCCAAGACCAGUACUGUGAGAAGAGCGCUGCACUGACCUGGCUCAUUCCCACCCAGGCUAGUCCAAAGGAGCAGUUUGAUCCCGGGACAUACAUCGUCGGCCCAGAGGAGGAUCUGCCCAGGAAGAUGGAGUACCUGGAGUUUGUGUGCCACGCACCCUCGGAGUAUUUCAAGUCACGAAGCUCUCCAUUUCCUACCAUUCCCAUCAGACCAGAAAAGGGAUACAUCUGGACCCACAUAGGACCCACGCCAGCCAUCACCAUCAAAGAGUCAGCUGUUGGCAGCAGUUAACAGGACAAUAAUAAUAGACUAAGUCUGUUGAGUUUAAACAGACACGUGUACAUUUAUGUAACAUAUUGAAGCCAAGAUGGCUGAUAAACACAGCCGCUAUUUCUGUUGGAAGACACUGUUUGUAAUUUGAUACACAAAGGAAAUCAAGUGGCACCACAUUCUGAAUGGACAAAGUGAUGCUACUGAUACAGCACUGGCAUUGGAGCAUUUGUUUUUGAACAUAGCAAUAAACAUAACAGUUCAUUUGCCAUCA